CUGCCGCACUCGCCUUCGUGUGCCUUUUCGUAUCCGCACUCGUACUCGUACUCACAGCUCGCAGCUCACAGAUACUCAGCUCGGAAAUGUCAUUUGUCAAUCACAGUGCGAGCGCAACGGUUGUCCGAUCCGAGAGCUAGCUGCCUGAGCUGAGUUAGGACUCCGCCGUACCGUGCCGAAGAAAUCGUUAAUGAAAGCGUGCCGCAGUGUCUCAGUGUGCCAAAAGUGAAGUGCUAAACAACCAAAUAGAAAAUUAAGCGAGAGAAACAGCAAACAGCAAGCCAAUCCAAGCCAAUCCCAUUAAAUCAAAUCCAAACACAUACCAAUCAUGGAUAACAGCGACUGUGUGCCUUGGGCCAGUGCCGCCAGUGUCACCUGUCUCUCGCUAGACGCCAAAUGCCACAGUUCCAGCUCCGACUCCAGUUCCGACUGCAGCACCAGCAGCAGCAGCAGCUCCCCGGCUCCCGAAUCGCAGAAUAUGCGCCACAUUGCGCAUACGCAGCGUUGCGCCAGCAGGCUGACCACUCUGCUGGCUGUCCUGCUCCUCGUUCUGCCGCUGAGCUUUACGCCGGCCCACAGCUGCGGUCCUGGCCGAGGUCUGGGCCGUCGCCGGGAGCGUAACCUCUACCCGCUGGUGCUCAAACAGACCAUUCCCAAUCUCUCCGAGUACCAAAACGGCGCCUCCGGGCCUCUCGAAGGCGAGAUCCGGCGGGAUUCGCCCAAGUUCAAGGACCUGGUGCCAAACUACAAUCGGGAUAUCCUGUUCCGCGACGAGGAGGGCACCGGAGCGGAUCGCUUGAUGAGCAAGCGCUGCAAGGAGAAGCUGAACGUGCUGGCCUACUCCGUGAUGAACGAGUGGCCGGGCGUCCGCCUGCUGGUCACCGAGAGCUGGGACGAGGAUUAUCAGCAUGGCCAGGAGUCGCUGCACUACGAGGGCCGGGCCGUAACCAUUGCCACCUCGGAUCGGGACCAAGCCAAGUAUGGUAUGCUGGCCCGCCUUGCCGUGGAGGCCGGUUUCGACUGGGUCUCCUACGUCAGCCGGCGUCACAUCUAUUGCUCCGUGAAGUCAGAUUCUUCCAUCAGCUCCCAUGUGCACGGCUGCUUCACUCCCGAGAGCACGGCCCUGCUGGAGAGCGGCGUCCAGAAGCCGCUCGGCGAGCUCUCUAUCGGAGACCGCGUCCUGAGCAUGGCCGCCAAUGGACAGCCCGUGUUUAGCGAGGUGAUCCUCUUCAUGGACCGUAACCUCGAACAGAUGCAGAAUUUCGUGCAGCUCCACACGGACGGCGGAGCGGUGCUGACGGUGACGCCGGCGCAUCUGGUGAGCGUGUGGCAGCCGGAUCGCCAGCAGCUGGCCUUCGUCUUUGCGGAUCGCGUUGAGGAGCAAAACCAUGUUCUGGUCCGGGAUGCGGCCACUGGCGAACUGAAGCCUCAGCGCGUCAUCCAAGUGGGCAGCGUGCGCAGCAAAGGCGUGGUCGCUCCACUAACCCGCGAGGGCACGAUUGUGGUAAACUCGGUGGCAGCCAGCUGCUACGCAGUGAUCAACAGCCAGUCUCUGGCCCACUGGGGCCUGGCUCCCAUGCGAUUCCUCUCCACGCUGGAGGCAUGGCUGCCCGCCAAGGAGCAGCUGCGCAGCUCUCCAGCCAAGGCGAAGGACACAUCAAAGGAUGUGUCGCAGGCGGAGCGACAGAACGGCAUCCACUGGUAUGCCAACGCCCUGUACAAGGUCAAGGACUACGUGCUGCCGCAGAGUUGGCGCCAUGAUUGAGGAUAGUGACCCAGCACUCCUGCGGGGGCGCCCUAAUUGUAUUAUAUAUUGUAGUUAUGUAUAUGCCUAACGAUCGAUGUACUUCAAUGUUGAAUAUGGUUUUAACAAUUGAUACUAUUUAUUUAACACACACAACACACACCCACCCACAGAAAAAUCGAGAAUGCAGAUAGAAAGCGAGCAGGAAAUCAAAAUAACGCUCGCGCAAACAUAUUAGCUGUAAGUAGGCAAUCCUCGGCGCAGAUCCUUUAUUCGAGCAGCAAACUCCGAAGACCACAGACGACUGUUACUGUAUAUUAUAAUGGAAUUGAAUUGCAUAAUUUAUUAAUGUGCGGCGGCGAGUUCGAGCCAUUGGAUAUAAAUAUAUAUCGUACUUUGUAUAUAGAAGAAGCAUUAUAGUGACUGAAUACUUUAUUGUAAUUGUGUAUAUAAUACUUAAAUUAGUUAACUGCGUAUUUAUACUUAAUAUUUAAAAGAAAUAUAAUGAAAUUGUUUGAUAA